CACACCGAGUCCACUGCGCCACCUCCGUUAACGGCCUGUUAGAAAAGUUCUCUGCCACAGAGUAGUUUCUCCCAGUCACCGACUUCGCCACGACAAGUCCACGAUGAAGCAUCAAGUGUCCGCUUUGGUCCUGCUGGGCUGCUGCCUGCUGGCUGCCAGCGCUGGCCAGGAGCGCCCCAAGUCAACGGCGCAGCUGCUGAAGGCGGCGCGCCGUAGCUCGUACUUCAAUGAACCGGCCCUGGCCAAGUUCAGGUCCAACGAUGCCGACAUUGCCGUGGCCCUGGACCAAAAGGCCGACCAGGACAAGCUCAUGCUGGGCGGUGCAGCGGCUCAGGGCAGCAGCGGCGGCAGCGGCGGCAGCUCCACUGGCACCAAGGACGCCUCCAGUGGCCGCCUCUUCCUGAAGAAGUUCCUCAUGUUCAAGAACAUGUUCAGCAGCAGCAGCCAGCCCGUGAUUCCCAUCAUCAUUACGGGCGCUGGCACCGGCACGGCCACCGCCACCGCCAGUCCCACGGUGACAGUCACAUCCACGGGCACCAUACCCUCGGCCACGGGCACCAUCACCACCUCGCCCACGACCACAGGCACGACGACAGGCCGUCGCCAGGGUGAUGCCCUCGCCUACGGUGCCGACGUGGAGGAGGAUGAGGCCGCAGAGGCUGAUGAGCCCCAGGAACAGGCCUAUCCCGGCGCAAUGGCCGCCAAUGCCGAGCUGCUGGACGAACAGGCCCUCGAGGCGGCACUCGCUGCCGGCGCCCAGGAGUACGAAGUGGUGACCGAUGCCGAGGUGCAGGGCACCGGUGCCACCGAGAGCAAGGCCACCCAGAACAACAUGAUCAACCUGCGUCGCAAGGGAGCCCGUCGCGGCCAGCAGAUUAGCGUGCGAAUUCCGCCACGCUACCGUCGCUACUUCAAGAACGGCCAGAAGGUGAUGCUCAACACCAACCGUCGCCCCAACAAGCGUCGCGUGGUGCGGAAGCGUGUCCAGAACAAGAAGCAGCAGAACCGUCGCCGUGUCAACGGGGCCAACAAGAAGAACAACAGGAAGAACAGGAACAAGAACAAAGGCAACAAGCGCACACGCAUCACCGCCGUCUAAGCGCGAUCAUUCCCACUUGCCACUUGCCAAUGGCCACUCCCAC